AUGGGCGCACUGAAGGAAUACGACCCAGGUUCAUUUGACUCUCUUGUUCUCACCAAACCAGAGACAUUGUCUAGAGCAUUCCUCAGAUUAGGUUCUUAUUGCAAUGAUAAUCUCAAUAAUCUGAGUGAGUCCUUCAAUAAGACCAUCAGAGAAGCUAGGAAGAAACCUUUGCUAGACAUGUUAGAAGAUAUUAGGCAACAAUGCAUGACCAGAAAUUAUAGUAGGUCUAAGUUAGCAAAUGAUUUGAAGACAAGGUUUACCAAGAAGACACACAAGGAGUUAUAUAGAGUUGAGAAGAAGUCAAAACCAUGCCGCUUGCGUUGGGCAAUAGGGCCAGAGACAGAUGUUGAGUACAAAGAUAAUACAUAUGUUGUGAAUAUGGAAGAACAAACAUGUGCUUGUCGAAGAUGGCAAAUGAAUGGAAUUCCUUGUAUUCAUGCUGCUAAGGUCAUCCUUGGACUGAGGAAGAAGCUGUCUGAAUAUGUUGCUGAUUGUUACACAACAAUCAGGUGGCGUGAGACUUACAUUGUUGGCAUCAAACCUAUGAAUGGGAUAAUGGAGUGGCCUCAAACCAAUAGAUUAGGUGUGAUUCCACCACCUAAUCGAACUGGUAAUCCUGGUAGGCCUAGAAACUAUGAUAGGAUGAAGUCUAAGCAUGAAACAGGUUCUAAGACCAAGUUAAGCCGUGCAAACAGAAUCAUCACAUGCUCAAACUGCAAAGAGGAAGGGCAUAACAAGAAAACCUGUUCAAAUCAAACUGUUGAAAUUCCACCUAAAACACCAAAAGGAAGACCAAAGAAGAAUCAGGGACUUAUAUUUGAUGUGUCACAAUUCUCCUUUCCAGAAGAUCAGUCCUCCCAAGCUCAGUACUCACAAGCUCAAUCCGCACAUUCCUCAAGAUGGGACCAAAGUUCACAAUACCAAGCCUUACAAGCAAGUGAAUGGGGUAGUUGGUUGUCCUAG